UUGGAGAUAUUCGGGUAUUUUUCUCCUUGUGUUUAAGAAAUGUAACGCGUCUGUGUGCCUCUGCAACCCCUGCUUCUCGUCACCGAGGGCGGCUGCAGCGGAGAGGGGCUUCAUCAGUGUCACGAAUCCGGUUUCCCCCAGCCCUUUGCCGGCAGAGAGGGAGGGGAGGACUGGGGACAGGGUCAGUGGAAGAUUUCCGACAGCUCGGCUGGACUGUGAGGACCCAGAAGCCACUGUGUCCAAAAAACCUCUGGAUUGUACAUGCUCAAAAAGGUCGUGUGCUGACAAUUAGCAUAAUAGCGGAACAUAAAGUCAUGCGCUCCAUUCUCGUUGGAUGAGUUCACAUUGGCCACCGGAGCCUGCCUCCCUCUGAACAUGUCACCACCCUGCUCCCACGGAUAACAACCGGGGCCUAUUUGCAGACCUGAAGCUAGUCUGGGACAAGCCAAUGCGAGCUCACCUGCAGUCCAGCUCCGGCGUUUUGACUUGGCAUUGAAUUGUUUUCUUGUCAUUCCUGCACCGCUAACAUCUCCAUCCAGUCACGUUUUCACGAGAGUCCUGUCUGCCACCACCAGCCAGUUUUCUCCUGUGUUGGUGUAUUCUGAUGGAUCAGUAUGUCUACCACUAAUAAUAUCGCCCAGGCCAGGAAACUGGUGGAACAGCUGAGAAUCGAGGCAGGGAUCGAACGCAUUAAGGUGUCUAAAGCGGCAGCAGACCUGAUGAGUUACUGUGAGCAGCACGCUCGUACCGACCCUCUGCUGGUCGGGAUUCCCACCUCUGACAACCCUUUCAAGGACAAGAAGCCCUGCAUCAUCCUAUAGCCGUCUUCUGACACACACACACACACUCACACACACUUAUAUACACUUGUGCACAUACAGGCACAUAUAAAUGCACACAUUCAAUACUUAAAAUGAUCCUCAAACUCAUGCAAGCACACAUUUCAAGCCUACAAAGACAUACAGAAACACACACACACUCCAAAAAUAGCCACUCUGGAAAAGCGCCAUACUCCGGAGCCACAGCUAGGGGGCAGGUAUCUCGUUCUCUUGGUGGCUGAGAUCAGUAUAUCACUGAGUAUGAUCCAAGGUGCUUUUGGUUAUAUUCGGUUAAUUAACUACAAGUGUCAGCUUAACUUUGAAAGGGAUUUGGACAUUAUUUAUCAGUAAGAAAACCGGAUUUCUUUCCUUCUUUUGUCAAAAAAUGAAGGGGUUGUUUAAAGGAUGGACUGCAGUGCCAUAGGCGAGGAGUGGGAGGAUGCAUGUUGGCAACAGAAAUGAACGGUUGGCGCUCCCAAACAGGGAGUUAAAACAGGCCUGAGAGCUUUGCCUACAAACCUAUUGUGCUAAAUCAUGGCGGGUAAUUUCGGAGCAAGUGGCUGAAGCCUUUGCCUUUUUCAAACUAGCAUGUUCCCAUCCAACAGACCUCUGCCUGUGGCCUCACUGCGGCCGUCUGCAGCCUUUGGCAAAACAUCCAGCUGUGCCAACCUGUGCAGAAAGUCGUCCCUCGGUGCUGAUCUGAUGUCACCGUUUUCACUGCGGUUCAAUAUGGCUGCUGUUGGUUGAGAUCAAAGUCUAACGUGACAUCAGAUCUACAGCAGAACAUAGUUAACUGCUCUCCAAACACUCGAGCUAUUAACCCUGGACGCUUACUGCAAUUUUCUUAAGAAAUACUUUUGUGUGAACUACAUGUAUGUUGCGAUAUUUUGUUGAAGCAUUAUUUAACAGAUAAAUAUAAUACUUUAUUUUAAUUAUUGGUUUGCUUUGAGAUAGGUGUUGCCCCUGGCUGGUCACGUUUCUCUUCCUGUUUGAGGCUAGAUGCUACUAUUAAUCAAACAACAGGAGAUCUAGUUGUCUAGGGGUAUCACCUAUAAGCAGAUAACAGAAGUAUCUUAAUCUAGCCGCCCUGUGCUUUACCCCGAGGUCGCGCACUGACCACACCUUUACAGUCUGCAAGGACUGCAUGGCUGGAGGGGAAAACCCAAACUGAAAAAGUAAAAGUGAUGCUGUCUUAAAACGUUUAGAUUAACCUUUCCCUUUCCUGCCUUCUUCACUUUUGUUUGUGUGUUUGAAUUGGCAGUUUUUAUAAUGUUAAUGGAUGGAAAAGAAGAUAUAAUGCAUUAGAUAGUGAAAAGAUAAAGGUGUUUGCUUUGUUUGCAUCUACAGUAGAGGAAGAGGGAACCACAGUACAUCAAAGCAACCUGGCUAAACCAGUCUGAGAGUUUGGGGUCAGAGGCUGGGUCGGUAACAGCCAGCAGUCGAUACACGGUUUCCUCUGUCCUCCUCUCCUCCACAAUGCUCCUCUCUCUGACAAACCAAACGUGAUUGUAAAAGCUGAAGUUGAAGUGAAA